ACAGGUAUGAUGAUGUCGCCAACAAGGGGACCAAGGCGGCCAACAAGGGGACCAAGGCGACCAACAACGGUCGACAGCCUACUUCGUUCCGCGUGGAGUUUUUAGAGUUAAACGUGAUGAAAUGCUGCGUAGUUUUGAACGAAACGUUUCCUUCGACAGCUGCACCGGACGGGACCAGCCUUAAGCCCUUGAAUGUAGCCUAGCCGCCUACUAGCCAACCGCGGAGAAAGGUAGCCAUUGUUUGAGUUACUGGCUAACAUGGAAACGAAAGCUACUGCUAGCAGCGUCGGCUAAACGGGAUUCACUGCCGUUUUGUUGCAGAGGAUAAUGCUGUGGUCAUCCUGCAUAAUGUGUGAUGGUCGUGAAGCCAGUGAGCAGUCCCUGUCCCUCUCUCCCUCAUCUUCGGCCAGUCCCCCCAUUUAACGAUCUCCCUGAAGUCUCUCUCCCAACCUGCUAAGAUGACCGACAGGAAGGAGCCACCCUUCUUUAAUGACGACAGUGUGGGAGCUUUUCACUAUAAGCUCCCUUUCUAUGACACUAUGGAGCUCUUCAUAGAGACCCUUACAGGCACCUGUUUUGAGCUGCGCGUGUUGCCCUUUGAGGCUAUCAUUUCAGUCAAGGCAAAGAUCCAGAGGCUGGAAGGUAUCCCUGUUGCCCAGCAACACCUUAUCUGGAACAAUCUGGAGCUGGAUGAUGAACAUUGUCUACAUGACUAUGGCAUUGCAGAGGGCUGCACAUUGAAACUGGUCUUAGCUAUGAGGGGAGGCCCAAUUAACACCAGGAGAGUUACCAUGGAGGAUCCUGUCAAAGAGGUCGCUGACCUGAUGGAGAGCACAAAGGAGGAGGGUUGGGAGAAAAGCUUGUCCAACAAGCAGGUCACAUUUGUGGUCUAUCGUGAGGGUGACCAGUUGAACUUCUUCCGAGUGGUCGACAGGGGAGACGGCACCCUGACCCCUCUGUCUGAAUCUCUGAGUGGUGGCUCAGUGUACAAUGUUUGUGCAGAGGAGGAGGAGGAUGGAGAGGGCUCUGCAACUACGCAGCAGAGCCUUGAGAAC